AUGAAUUAUACAGUGCAGAUAUAUGCCAAUCUAGUUUAUAGAGGAAAUCAAAGUAUAGAAACAGUUAAGACAAAGCUGAAUUGCGAGGUUCUGUGGGACGACCUGGCGCUGGAGGUCCGGUGGGCCGUGGCCGGGGAGAGCAUCGUCAUGCAGCUCGUCGGCAGAAUAGAUUCGCCUUAUUUCCUCCUUCAGGGCAGCCGCAACAACGUCCGCCUGCUGAACGCAGCGCUCAUCAACAACUUCACUAUGCUGACCUUCCAGAGGCCCCUACGAGCCGUCGACCGCUACGACACAGCCAUUCUCACCAACGGGUCCCAGGCUGUUAUCUGGGCAGUGGGACCGGUCAACUUCCAGGGUGACACUUCCUACCACUCCCUCCGCCUCAGAGGUGACAUGUUUGUAGAUUUCGGGCGUACACCAAAGUGGAACUGUCCCCUGCCAGAGGAAGAUAACGAUAAAAGUAGCACCGCUGUCUCCAGAGGCUCUGUUAACCCCUCCCGGGGUUCCAUUAGACCCGCCCAGGCACCUCCAGCAGCCAACCCUUGGUACAUUCCCCCCAUUCCCUGCCACGAACCUGAAGACGGAGUUUUCUAUGCUCAGAUCGGACCCACUGGAGGCAACAAUGGUUAUAGCGCUAUCACAGGGCACGUUGGGUGGGGGAUCUCGUGGUUCAUCAACGGGCUGUUGAUUCCGGAGAUCCAUGUAGUGAGGGGUAAGACUUACACCUUCGUGGUGGAGGGAGGCUACGACCCAGAGAACCCCUCCCGUUACCAUCCCUUCUACAUCACCGACGACCCAGAGGGUGGCUAUGAGUACAAAACGCCAGCCGAGCGAUCCCGCAUUAAAGUACUGGCCGGAGUGGAGCAGGAUAGGGACGGUAACCCGGUACCCACUGCAUACGGCCGCCUUUGUGAGUGGAAGGAAGACCCCAACAAACCAGCCAACGACUUCACCUCCUUCGGCGCCUACCAGAGAACCCUGCAACUAGACUGUCAAGAGGGCCAGCCCGGCAUCCUUCAGUGGACUCCAGACGUAAAUACGCCGGAUACGGUCUACUACCAGUGCUACACUCACCGCUACCUGGGUUGGAAGAUCCAUGUACACGACAGCUGCGACCAAGACAAGCUGGCAACUGCUGGGUCAGUUCAAACGUCGGCCGUGGUAGUGCCGGGGUCUCAGGCCGCCGCCGACUACGACAACUAUGACUAUAACUAUGACGUGCGAGGCGGUGGAGUGCCUGCUGGCUCCCGAUACACCACUAACAAGCUCUCUCCAGGGGCUGCUCACAAGCCUUCUCAGACUUUUGUAACUAGACUGCCCAGACCACAGUCAGAGCUAGGAGACCAAAGAUUCCCUGAAGAUCGUCCAUUCGUCAACCGUCCAAAAGAGUUCCAUGCCGGCUUUGACAGCUUUCCCUUUAGUAUGAGCCCUGACGACAUUGGUCCACUGCGUCAGAGGCCAACUUCUCAUUCAUUACCUUCAGAAACUCAUUCUUCGCCACCAAACGUCCCACUGGGAGUGCCAGGAUUUAUAUUUCCCAAAUUGCCUAAUCUAAAGAAAAACACAGGUAUAGUCAAUGCCACUGCAUUUGCUAAAAUGGGUAACGUAAACUUGGGUAGCGUUCCAAGGGACGUUCCUGAAGCGUUCUUUGGGUUGCAGAAGGGAGAGUUGUUGUUUCCACGUGAUAAACAUGAGGAAACAAUCCAGCCACUUGGUAACCAGUACCCGUCCUCUCCAGUGCCAACCCCAUCGACAACACGUUUCACUUCUCUCUCCGCAACUUUAACACCACCACCUGGGUAUACUUUUGCUCCUGAGUAUUCACUAUCUUCUUCCUCUCAAACUUUUAAUGGUCCCACCGGCCCGUCAACACCAGUGAAGACUACAGUUGCCAUCAUUUCGGAAGUGUCUUUAAAGCCAAAACAAGAUUUAACACACAUAAAAUUAGAGAAGACACACUGGACAUCCCCGAAACUUCCUACAUCCUACCAACCAACGACACGCUCUACGCAGCCGACGUCAGUAAAACCCAUUACUCCUUUUACAAUGUCUAUCAAACAGCAACAGCCCAUCACUCGAAAUGCUCCACCUAAAUCCAGUGGGAUUUCCAAUCCAGCUCAUACAUAUGGGAUACAAAUAUCACAUCAUUCACAUUACCGCAAGCCCGAGGUUAUAACUGCAUCGUCACUCCCUCGGCUUCCUAGUCAGGUUUCAUCAGCAUUCCAGGAGCCUUUUUCAGGAAGGCAGACGACCAUCAAUAUGGGUUCAGCCACUACUACCACACCUACACGCACCACUGAAGAAUCAGUCACCACUUUGGAUGAAAAUUUCGCUCAGAACUUUGGUUUCGACCCGGAGUCUGUCGUCUACGAAUCAGAUUUUCGUCCGAUUAAGAAAAAAACUGCUGGCCCUUUGCUGGCUUUCGAGGUGUCUUCAUCUGACGUCAUGCCAAUCAGAGUACCGCGCCCGCCACACCCGCCUCAACACACUUUCCAGCAGCGGCCUGUUGGCCCACGUACCUCAGGUUCUGUAAGUUUCGCCCAAAGACGUAUAAAGAUUGACGACGAUACGGACGAAACCCAUGACGAAGACGCUAGCGAAAUCCCAAACGAAAAACGGUCAAAACACUUUCCAAAUCCUAUCUUCCAUGAUUCAGUGAUGUUCAGUGAGAGCCUUAAUCCUCCCCCAGUCCCCAUUCCUGUACCAAUGGCUCGAAUAGUGCCGCGACUAGGAGGGGCUGCAUCUAACCGUCCAUUUUUUCCUAACAAGCUUAUAAAACACGACUCUAACCGAAACCCUAAUGGCCCAAAAAUACAUGACGGGUCGGUGAGGCCGUCAGGGGGAGUGGACCGUAUGGGAAAGCCACAAGUUCAGAAGCCAUCCAUGCGCCGCAUAACAGCUAUGGUUCACCUCCCUGACGACCAUACCGUUCCCUUCCCACAACUUGUUGGACCUGAAGUUUUCAAACCAGUGCUGAUCAACUUUCCUCUAGAGCACGACGACGGUGAAGACAUGAUGGUAGCUGAAUCAGCGCAGGUGUUCACAUCAGAUGGUCGGCCUCUAGAACCCGAUACACUGCCUACGCCUCCACAGUUUUCAACAGGCAUCCGACGUACCGUAGCCUCCAUUAUCAAUCGGCCCAAAAUUGGACCUUUUAGAGGAGAUCGCCCACCUCCAGUGCCGGCACACGUGCCACAUCUGACUCAAUUCUCUCGCCAGAGGCGCCCCUUCCGCCAUCGUACCACCAUCGCUCUACCAUCACCACAUGGUGUCAGUAGCACUUUGAAAACUGAUCUCCUUCCUUCCGGUAGCGCCCCUCGACCAAUUACUAUUGCACAUCCUCAAAAUGAUCCUCCCAUUGCUGCAGCCCUCCUAACUUCUGGGAAAUUGUCUGCCGACGUUGGGGACAAUGUCGUUGUUUCAGUCAGACAAUACCCAAGAAUAACAGAGAUGCGCAACUCGACACUAUCUCCCACCGCUGUAUCUUCAGCAGCAACCAACCAGACGCAUUUGACAAUCCUGAAGGACGUUUGGUCUAUCUUAACUCGCGACGACCUGGACUUUAAGCCCGAACAUCCCCGAGACGAUGCCCACCCUGACCAUGACCACCUAGACCGCCAGGAAAGAAGUAGACGUUAUGUAGCAGAACCCUCUGAUGUUGCGAUAGUCAGUGACACCUUCCAAGACUCUGUGAUCACGUCAGAAGCCAGUGCUUACUCCCUCUCCAUCCUAGUGGUUUGUAUAGGUGCUAUGAUGAUAAUGGUGCUGAUAAGGUAAACAGAACUUUCCAAAGAUAAUUCUAGUCUAGAAAACGCGCCUCUGAAGACCAAAUAUAGUAUCACAUUACCAGAGUCCUUUGGAAAAUAUCUUCUAGGAGCAUAUUAUUGGUUUAUUACAAUGGAGCAAUUUUCUGUUCCUACCCCGUACACGAUUAGUGUACAAUAUCUGGGUAGGUUAAUAAUGUGGUCUUGAACAAGACAGGUUGAUGUACUGACAAAACUUUGUUCCACUGUGACCGUUAUUGUAUUUUAUGGUAUUAGUCUUUAAAUGAUGUAAGAAUUGAAAAAUACUUUCAUACUGUACAAAUUAAGGAAACCAGUUUUAUCUAUCACUGCAUCAUCUGGACUCAUUUGUAAUUUUUUUUUUUUUACAUUUACAAAAGAUGAUACACUAAAGGGCAGUCAUUGGGAACUUUAUUCAGAAAAGGUUUCGACUAAGUGGCAAUCCUUUUCAAGUGUCCAGAUGAUUUACACAGUUACUCUCUUUUAGUGGAAUCAUUUACACCUCGUCUGUAUUUUUAUACCAGUUACUGUUACAACUAUUAUAAUUACUUGUUUGCAUCAUUGUAUAGUUAAACGCUCUGUUAUGCCUGUUUCUACGCCGAUCCCCCAAUAGUUUUAUUUCAUUUUUUUUUAUUUGGUUGUUCUCGUCGCCUUUACAAAUCUACGUUCAUUCCUAUUUCAACAUGCCACCACCUGUGCUUACUCGUAUGAUAUAUGUAUACAAUACCUUCAUGAUGCACGUAUACUUACGUCUUCGUAAUGUUGACAUACAAACUUUCAAAACAGCUUUUUACUUUGCAGGUUACUUUGCAGAAAGGUUAUGGUACUUGUGCGAGAAAUAUCUUAAUUCUGUUUCACUCGCUGACAACGUUUGAAGGAACAAGGCAUCACAUUUUCGUAUUUAUUCUGGUGCCAAAUUACGUUAAAAUCUUGCUGAAAUACUGCCUGAAUCGAUAAUUAUAUAUAAUUAGUCUCCCCCCCCCCCCACCGGUAACUCGACGAACCCAUCUGAAAUAACAUUUAUCACAAUUUUGUUUUAGAAACCACUUUAUAUAGGAAACUGCUUGUUUCUCUACCAUUAGUUGAAGUAUUUAUUAGAGGCGAAUGUAGAAUUCUCCAGUCAAGGAACAGACAAUGUAACACUUGACACGGAACUUUUAAUAUAAAAUUUGGUUAGGUGUAGGGAAAUUGUAAAUCCGCCACUUAAAACAAUGCCGCCUAAAUAGCUUAAAAAAAGAAAAGGUAGGAAAUCUCAAUUUUCAUGCUCUUUUUGUGUACUGGUUAGUACGUUUUUUUCUGGUAUUUUGUCAGUAAAAAUUUUCCUUUCUGGGUUUGAGUUCAGCGACUGGUUUAAUUAUAUCUUUCUUUCGGGUGCACUUGACACGUGUUUACUCCCUCUCACUAACUUAUAGUAAACAUUAACACCACAUCUUCACUUGCACUGCACACCUCCGUGUGUUAGUAUAAUAAUUACAUUUCCUUCGAAGAAACGGCUCAUACAGGUAUUCAUGACUACUUCCCCAAACCCUUUCCCCAUGCCUUUCCUCUCGCCCAAGCACUGUUUCCUUCUUAGUGCUGAAGACGUUUAAAAAAAAAAGUGUCUCCUUUCCUUCUGCAAUGACCAUAGUGAGUCUUGGCAGGUGUGGCUAAUUGUCUUUACUACCUAAGUACAUUCAUUUUGGUGGGAUCCCGUGCUGUAAAUCUGCCAGUGUUCCACGCAAGGAUCUCCUGUGUGAGCAAAAUGAUUUUAAUGUAAAUAGUUUACCACGUAUGAAAGUUGAUGGGAAAAGAGGACGUCACCAGCUGGUCUGUCCAGCGACAAACAUGCAGCGUCGUCGUCGUCACCAGCUGUAAACAGGCAGUCGACACCAGCUGGGCUGUACAAAGCGGAUAAGAAGGGCAGCGUCUUAAUCACGCAGAUGUAGUAAUGUAACUAGACACAGCGGGCAGCGUCCCAACCACCAGCUGCUACAACUUAUAACAGCCGCAUAUUACUGCAGAUGCCCGUUUCUCAUCUGUAAAUGAGGAAAAAAUCAACGUAUUAUAUACU